CUUUGACGUCAGCUGGAGGCUGAGUCUGUGGUUUAGUCCACCGAGCCAAAGACUUGUGAGAAUCUGUUGGAUGCUGGACUUAUCUCCAUUUGCUGCCGCUGCUGCUGUCUCUGCUGCUGCUGCCGCCGCCGCUGCAACCGUCGCCGCCGCCACAGCCGCCGCUGCCUUCCAGAGGUUGCCGGAGCAUGGACUAUUAAAGUCCUGCAUUUCUUCCGUGUGAGCUGAACUUCUGACACCAGGAUGGGGAAACAGAACAGCAAACUACGCCCAGAGGUGAUGCAGGAUUUGCUGGAAAGCACAGACUUUACUGAACAUGAGAUCCAAGAAUGGUAUAAAGGCUUCUUGAGAGACUGCCCAAGUGGUCAUUUAUCCAUGGAGGAAUUUAAGAAAAUAUAUGGGAACUUUUUUCCUUAUGGGGACGCUUCCAAAUUUGCAGAACAUGUAUUCCGCACUUUUGAUGCAAAUGGUGAUGGAACAAUAGACUUUAGAGAAUUCAUUAUUGCUCUGAGUGUAACAUCAAGAGGGAAACUGGAGCAGAAGCUGAAAUGGGCCUUUAGCAUGUAUGACCUGGACGGGAAUGGAUACAUCAGCAAGGCUGAAAUGCUGGAAAUUGUUCAGGCAAUCUACAAAAUGGUUUCUUCAGUAAUGAAAAUGCCUGAAGAUGAAUCAACACCAGAGAAAAGGACAGAGAAGAUCUUUCGUCAGAUGGAUACCAACCGAGAUGGCAAACUUUCCCUGGAAGAAUUUAUUCGAGGAGCUAAAAGUGAUCCCUCCAUAGUGCGCCUCCUGCAAUGUGACCCUAGCAGCGCAGGCCAAUUCUGAACCCCAUUUCCAUUGUCUGGAUGAAUUCUAUAGAGCUGCUUUUUUUUUUCCUUUUUUUCUUUUUUCUUUUUUUUUGCCAAACAUUGGUGGUGAUGUUGCCUCUGUAUGGCCAGAUAUUCCUUCUUCUGUGACACCUUUUAGCUUCUUUUGUGGAUGUGUUCAUGGGAAUGCCAAUUGCUCUCAUAUGCUUGUCAAGAGCAUGGACAAUACUGUUCUACACAGAUUUUGUGGUGUUUAUUGUUUUGAGAGUUUUUUAUUAUUGUUGUUGUUAUUUUGAUUUAACAUGUCUGUCCUUAAAACUAAGGAUCAUGGAUGCCAGUUUAAAAAGUAUAUGACCCUGGAGCAUCAUGCCUGGGGGCUCUAAGAAAUUUAAAAGGUAUUUUAAAAAAAUCAAAAAAAAAAAAGAGAUUUAAAAAAAAAACUUCCCUGAUGUCUAUUGCUGAAUAUACUUAAGUGUUCCAAGUAUAGAUGUAGUUAAGGACUGUUCCCCAAUAACAAGUUGUACCUUAGGCCCCAUGUGUAGCCACUGAACAGGCCUGAACAAUCAACCCAUGAUGGACCACUUCCAGUGUGGGCUGUAACUUCUAAGCUGUGAACAUUACUAAGGAUGAAUGAGCAGAAAACAGGGGCAAGAUGACUCAGCUGAUUUAAAAAAACGAGUUUACACUAGUCGACAUAGCUUUAUUGAGGAAGUGAACAAAAAGCUCCCAUAAUCUCUUUCAAAACCAGGCCUAUAUUAGUCACUCUUUGUGUUAAUAGACAAGAAUGUUGUAAAUAUACAGUGAUGGAUGAUGAAGACAAAACAGUAUUCUGGAAUGCUGACAAGAGAUGCAUGUAUAAUGAGACCUUGGGAAAAGGUGGUAGUGUUCUUCCAGUCUUGCUACAAAAGACUGUUUUUGUUUUUGUUUUUGUUUUGGUAGUUUAUUGUGAGGUAAGCCAGCUCUAAUGGAUGUCUGAUAUCGUGUUUUGAAGUCAUAUAUUCUGUCUGUACAGAUGCACCAGUCAAUAGGUGUAUUUUAUGUAUUUAAAAAAAAAGAAAAAAAAC